GUCGGAUUUCCUCUGUUCAAACCCUCUUCCUGAUUGUUUUUGUGAAUUGUCUAGUUCAAAACACACCUUUCGGAUUCCUUUUUUUAAAGUAUAACGCACUCGUAAUUCAUUAAACCACACAAGACGUUACUCUCGUUUCGCAACUGCCUUUUUAAAUUUUUUUCCUCAAACUGUUUUCGGCAAUUGGCUCGGCCAACCGCAGGAAUUCUUUUCAUUCAGAUCUAAAGCAACUGCUCAGCCCUUGGAAGAGUCAGUUGUCGUGUGUUAUCAUUCAUUGCUGCUUUCUUUUUUCUAUACGUGUAUAACCUGAGAGAAUGUGUUGCUGAAUGCGGAGGAACCACUGUUGACGUUAUCCCUCUUUGGUAGAUCGUUUUGCUUCAAACUGUUUGUGGUGAUGCAGGCGUUGAGGUGUUUUGUUUUGUUUUGGCGUAGUACUUGAAAAGCAAAAGAAGAAACAGACGGUAGCGUGGUCGAGGAUAGUGCACCACUCUAAACUGUUUCAGCGCUCCACAUCGUCGUGGACGGGAGUUAGGAACCUUACCAACUUGUGCCUUGCAUGCCCCGAGAUGUCACCUGCAACACGGCCCACUUUCGUGUCUUCAACGCCGGGCCCAAGGCGGGCCACGUGCAAUGGCGCUACGCACGCUUGGUGCGCCACCCUUUCGUAGUAGUGGUGCUGCUGCUUCUGCUCCUAGCCUGCUUGACUUCGCCCGUGCUGACGUCUGCGCAAGGCAGUGACGGUGCCCAGUGCAGCGUCUUAACACACAACGCACACCUUUCUCCUUCAUCUGCGCUGUCCGAUGCUUUUAUCCCAACCUUCGGGAAUGAGUUGGCGCUGCGGUACACGUUCGGUGUGGGCAAUCUCGUGCUCGUGCUAUCGGAAAAUGGGUUUCUGCACGCCUAUCACCAGGAUAGCGGCGACCUGGCGUGGUCAACGGAUGUGGGGGGCGAUAUGAUCUCGGUCGAGGUGGACAUGCCGCCCUCACGCGACACCAUCCUACGCGAUCCUCUCGCGCUGCCUUUCCUCGUGCGCGGCAACAGUCUCUUCACCCGCAUUCCGUUUUACACCUACAACCCGGCUCCCUCUUCGAAUCUAAACACAGUGGAGCUGCUAGGCAACUUGCCGGACCUCUUACGACCGCAUUUCUUUAUGAACAUCUCCACCCUGCUGCGGCGACAGACGGUGUUCUUUGGCGGAACAGACAUCUUCGUUACGACCUCUGUCGAGGUGGCUGACCUGGACAGCAGCACGGGCCACCACAUCAAUCAACAACAUCGUGGCGGAAGGAGAGUCGGCAAGCACUCUAUGCCCUCCCACACACACGUGGGACAACGAAGCAACGUAUCGUCGUCGGCGUCGUCAUCUGUGCAUAACGAGCUUUUUCCCGUGCUGCACGUGGUGCGGUACAACAUCGUGCUGCACGUCGUGAAGGCGGAGGAGUACAGCUGGUCCAUCACGCUCGCACAGCUCCAGCUCUCACCCCGCACCUCCUUGUCCGCUAUGUACCGGCGCGCGGCGGCGACAUCAACAGCAACCAAAACGGCAGAAUUGAAGGAGUAUAAUGGUGAGGCGAACCCACGCUUCUUCUCGCACCUUAUGCGUAAGCUCUUUGACUACGAUGCGGAGCACUCCGGCAGAAGUAGCAGCAACCCGGUGCAUUCGACUCAACAGUACUCGUCAAAGGACUCAAAUCUCAGCGAAGACGCGACGGAGCUACCGCCAGAGGUGACCGCUGCUGCGAUGAUCGCGACUCUUGAGCGACGCCGCAAGCAGAUGUCCGAGUAUGUGAGUCGGGUCAUGAGCAUGCAGCAGUUUAACAACAGCCACAUUGGGCUGCUCAACUUGUUAGAGAGCACCACGACGUGGACCGCUACUCUCCCGUCGCUGUCGCGUGCUGCAUCUUCUUCUUUUGGGACAGGGAGUGGCGACGGUGAGGGCAGGGAAGAAUCAACGUCGCCGCCGAGCUCCCUCGCGAGCGCGCAAGCGGUGGCAUCUUACGUCUGGGUCGGCGGGGCAGAUCAGAUCUUCCGCAUCCCGGUGCAGCGCUCGGCUGACCUCAGCGUUACGGCUCCUGAAAAGUCGGGCGAGGAAGGUGUGUACGUGGAGAGCCCACCCGAGGCCACAGACGACGCACAAGGGCGGCUGAGGCUCACCUCGGCCAGCUUUGCGGGUGCGGUGAUGCCAACUCAAGGUACGCUGGGUGGCUUGCAGCUCGUGCCCUUCCUGCAUCGCUCCGACAGCGCGGAUAUGAGUCACGCGUUCAUGGCGUUGGACGUUGAGGGCGAUGAGCGAGAGGGCGCGGAGCUCGAUCGGUACUACCACGAACGGAGCUGGUGGGAAUCGCAGGGCUUCACCUCCUCUUCCUCGGCGGGGACUCAAAAUGUGGACAACCUGCUUAUGGGCUUCAGCAACUCGGGGGAUGUCGUGCGCACCGGGCUGGCGUGGCACACGGCGGGUAUCAUCUCGUUUCACGUGCUGUGCCUCGCCGGCUCCAUCGCGUUCCUCUGUGCCGGGGUGCCGCCGCGCAACCAGCUGCAGCGGGCGUGGGCCCAGGCGGACCGCAAUCGAGACCGCUUGUCGCACAACUCCGUUUCCCGCCCGCAGUCGACGCAGCUGGUGCCGCAGGAUUUGCUGAGCGGUGGCGGGGGCAGCGGGGGUGUCCGAUCUCCUUUCAGUCCGGUGGUGGACGGCUUCUUGAUGGAUUCGCCGGCGCAGGCUGUCGUGGACGCUGCGAUGCGCACGAGAAGUCCGUCACCCGCCCGCCUCGACGAGAGCGAAGAGGAAGUUGAUAGCACAAAGGAAGCGGGGGCUACGGAUGAAAUGGCAGGCGAUCAGAACACCGCCACGUCACAUAAGUGGGACGACCGCACGCCGGAGGAGCUCUACAGGAUGAUGCAUGAGGAAGGCGACGAAAGGUUCACCCCUCUUGCGGGGGUGAACAGCACAACGACCUCUGCGGCAGAUGGAAAUGUUCUGACCUCAUCGCACACAACGCAGCAGUCCCGCCACAGUCCCCCCGAUCAGUCGCCGUCUGUGAUGACAAACAACACAGCACACACCGCUGCGCAGAACACACCCGAUCGCGCCUGUGUGCGCCAGAACAGCAGCGGCGGCAGCAGCGAUGACGACUCCGAGGAGAUCGACAUGGGUGAGCGGUGGUGGGUCCGCGCGCAGCACCGGCCACGGCUGCCGAGCAUCGCCACGCUGGAUGAGACAGUUUCUGAUAAAACGAGCAGUGUCCGCUUCUCCCCUGAGCACGAGGGCACCGAGGAGGAAGGAAAGCUUUUCCAGUUGCACUUCAAGGUGCUUGAAAAGAUCGGCUUCGGCGGGGAGGGGAGUGUUUUUUGCGUCGAACAUCGUGUCACGCACGCGCGGUACGCCAUCAAGGCGAUUCUCAUCCACGAGCGGGACGAAAAGCGAGUGGUGCAGGAGGCCGUCUUGCACAGCUCCUUUGAUAAUGCGAACGUCGUCCGCUUCUACUUUUGCUGGAUUGAGGAUAUCGCCGUGUCCAUCGCAGAUCGCCUGCAGCUGUGCAACCUCAACGAAGAUGCACUCGACACCAUGUCGAUGGGCGGCAGCGACGCCUCCCUUCCCACAUCCUCCCCAGUAGACGAUACACUGACCGAUUAUGACGGGGAUGAUUCAACGAUCGGGGACAGCUAUCACAUGCUGUUUAUCCAAAUGGAGUUCUUCCCUCGUGGCACGCUGGCGGAUUGGUUGCGAAGUCGUAAGGGCUUCUACCGUCUCGAAGUGCUGCGGUACAUGCAGAACAUUGCCGAUGGACUCGCGUACCUGCACAACCAAGACGUGGUGCAUCGUGACUUGAAGCCGACGAACAUCUUUGUGUCUAAUUCAAACGUGCUGAAGAUUGGCGACUUUGGUUUGGCGAAGCGCCGCAUUCCGACAACGAGCAGCAGCAACAGCGACCUCACCUCGAACGUCGUUGGACAGCAGCAGGAGCGUUCUGUGGUGGGUGGCAGCCCCCUCUACUGCAGCCCCGAGCAGACCCGCGGCGACCCGGUCAACAAGCCCGCCGACAUAUUCUCCUUCGGUGUCAUCGCCGUCGAGAUGUUCUGCACCUUCGCAACAUUGCACGAGCGCAUCCGAAUCCUGACCGAUGCGCACCAGGGGGUGCUGCCGGAGGAGAUCGAGCGUGACUUCGCCGAGGAGGUGCAGAUUAUUAAACCGCUGCUGGCCGCGGAGCCGCAGCAACGCCCAUCGCUGCGCAAGGUGCAGCGGCAGCUCAUGCGUCUCAUCGUCACCCUGGAGGACAGCGAGCAGGACGCGGAGAACGUGCCGCACUCUCCUGCGGAAACGGUGGGACCGUCACAGCUGGCGCCACCAGUCGGUGAAUCGAACGCGCAGACACACCACACGCCCACGACAAAUGGUGCCUCUGACAGCACGGGCGUGACAACCGUCGGCGUCCCUAGCGAGGAUAGCUCGCCUCUACAACACACCUCAACCACAGCCUCUUCCGCUUCGCGAAAACCCGCCACAGCGCACGUUCUCCCCCCCAGGUCAGCUGCCGGCUCUCCGGUGACGCACACGCCGCUGCCGUAUGCGUUUCCGAGCACGGACCAGACAGACGCACACGCGCGACCGCUGCCCGAGUGGCGGGGAGCAGACGCUGCCACCCCUUCGCCUCCUCCCUUCGCCGCCUCCACACCGCAGUCGCAGCCACCUCAGCAGAAUCAUUUUGCACGUCAAAGUUCGACGUUGUCGGCGCACUCUGCCAGUUUCGCGAAGCACCGCAACUCGUACCACGACCGCCGCUACGCCUCGAUCAACUCCAGCCCUGGUGCGGAGGCGGCAGCAGCGGCGACGGCGAGUACGUCCAGCCCUGAAACACCAUCGCGAGGCGGCGCGUCGUCGGCAUCGCCGGCGGAGCUGAUCGUGACGGAUCCCUAUGGCCCUCCGACAACGCCCGUGACGUACGUGGGCGAUGCGGACCUUUCCAGUAUAUUGAAGCGCGAUCUACAGGACCGAACCAUAUCACCUCCUGACUGA